UCUCACACACACACAUCUUUCACACCUCUCAGUCCUUCUCAAGAGGAAGUAUAGAUGGGUAGAGAGGAGAGGUGGGUGGGGGGAUGGACAGGCUACAAGUCACUAGAGUUUAGAUACAGUUAGUGAUCGACAUGUUGAGAUGGAACGCACCUGUCCUCUACUCUUGCUGUUGAGUACACUGGUAUACUGUAGCCUCGGACAAAGUGGAGCUGGUAUAUAUGAUGAAGACAGCUUUGGGUCGUCUGGGGUUCAGGUUGUUGGACCGGCUGACCAAGUCGUUGCCUUAGCUGGUGAUGACAUCAUUCUACCAUGUUCCCUGAAACCCAGUGUCAAUGCUGAGGACAUGGUAGUGGAGUGGACAAGAUCGAACCUGAGAAAAGAAAACGUCCAUCUUUACAGUGAUGGUCGAGACUCCAAUGUGGAGCAGGUUCCAUCCUACAGUGGAAGGACAUCAAUGUUUAAUGAAGAACUGAAGAAUGGCAACGUCUCCUUAAAGCUGACCAGAGUUACUCUCUCUGAUGCUGGAAGCUAUAUGUGCUUCAUUCCAACACUGACCAGCCAGGUGAAGGAAACCACCGUUCAACUCUUUGUUGGUGCUGUAUCCCAGCCAGUGAUAUCUAUUGAUGGAACCAAAGACUGGGGGGUGGUCCUGAGGUGUGAGUCUGGAGGCUGGUUUCCUGAACCUGAGAUGGAGUGGCUGGACAGUUCUGGAACCAUCCUCCCUGCUGAUGGACCUCCAGAGAGACACAGGGACUCAGAGGGCCUCUACACUGUGAGACGACAUGUCACCGUGAACCAGACUGACACCAACAGGUUCACCUGUAGAGUUCAACAGCAGGAGAUCAACCACAUGAAGGAGACAGAGAUUCAUGUCCCAGGGUCGUCUGAGGUUCAGGUUGUUGGACCGGCUGACCCAGUCGUUGCCUUAGCUGGUGAUGACAUCAUUCUACCAUGUUCCCUGAAACCCAAUGUCAAUGCUGAGAACAUGGUAGUGAGGUGGACAAGAUUGAACCUGAAAUCAGAAGUCGUCCAUCGUUACAGUGAUGGUCGAGACUCCAAUGUGGACCAGUCUCCAUCCUACAGGAAUAGGACAUCAGUGUUUAAUGAAGAACUGAAGAACGGCAACGUCUCCUUAAAGCUGACCAGAGUUACUCUCUCUGAUGCUGGAAGCUACAGGUGCUUCAUUCCAACACUGACCAGCCAGGUGAAGGAAACCACCGUUCAACUCUUUGUUGGUGCUGUAUCCCAGCCAGUGAUAUCUAUUGAUGGAACCAAAGACUGGGGGGUGGUCCUGAAGUGUGAGUCUGGAGGCUGGUUUCCUGAACCUGAGAUGGAGUGGCUGGACAGUUCUGGAACCAUCCUCCCUGCUGAUGGACCUCCAGAGAGACACAGGGACUCAGAGGGCCUCUACACUGUGAGACGACAUGUCACCGUGAACCAGACUGACACCAACAGGUUCACCUGUAGAGUUCAACAGCAGGAGAUCAACCACAUGAAGGAGACAGAGAUUCAUGUCCCAGAUAUAUAUGAUGACGACAUUGGGUCGUCUGAGGUUCAGGUUGUUGGACCGGCUGACCCAGUCGUUGCCUUAGCUGGUGAUGACAUCAUUCUACCAUGUUCCCUGAAACCCAGUGUCAAUGCUGAGGACAUGGUAGUGGAGUGGACAAGAUUGAACCCGAAAGCAGAAGUCGUCCAUCUUUACCGUGAUGGUCGAGACUCCAAUAAGGACCAGUCUCCAUCCUACAGGGGAAGGACAUCAAUGUUUCAUGAAGAACUGAAGAACGGCAACGUCUCCUUAAAGCUGACCAGAGUUACUCUCUCUGAUGCUGGAAGCUACAAGUGCUUCAUUAAAACACUGACCAGCCAGGUGAAUGAAACCACCAUUCAACUCCUUGUUGGUGCUGUAUCUCAGCCAGUGACCUCUAUUAUUGGAACCAAAGGCGGGGGGGUGGUCCUGAAGUGUGAGUCUGGAGGCUGGUUUCCUGAACCUGAGAUGGAGUGGCUGGACAGUUCUGGAACCAUCCUCCCUGCUGAUGGACCUCCAGAGAGACACAGGGACUCAGAGGGCCUCUACACUGUGAGACGACAUGUCACCGUGAACCAGACUGACACCAACAGGUUCACCUGUAGAGUUCAACAGCAGGAGAUCAACCACAUGAAGGAGACAGAGAUUCAUGUCCCAGUUCCAACUCCCAUUCCAUCUCCAGCAGUCCCAGUGUUGUCCAUGUCUCUACCCAGGCUGCUGUGUAGUCUACUGGUGGGGUCUCCCUACCUGCUGGUGACCAUCAUACUGCUGGUGAAAUACUGCAGGAGCAGGGCUCAAGGUGAAACCAGGGUACCCAGGAAGACCCACCAAGACCAAUUAGGUGAUCAUGUUGAAGAAGAGUGAGGCUGAGAUCACCUGAUCACCAUAACAACCAUCAGAAUGGAACUCAUGGAAUUCUAAUAUAGAACUGUGAGUCACAAUGCUGUAUGUUGUUACAUUGUAGCUCCACCUGCUGGAACAAUAGUGGCAUUUGAUCAAAUGUGAUCUAUUAACUGAUACAUGUAUUAUUCUGAUUGGAAUGUGUUUUAAUAUAAUGUAUUAUUCAUUCAGCAGCUGUCCUUUAACAUCAGUCAUAUACUGGUCAUAUACUGUAUAGCAUUAUGGUUGAUACAUUGUAAAUGCCUUCACUUUUCAUGUCUAUACAGAUAAACUGAUAGGUGUUGUGGUUCAGGCAUUAUUGUUACAGGUUCAGUAUAAUGUUAAACCGUUAUAUGUUACAGAAAUAGAAAACAUACAGGAGAGGAGAAUUCAAUUACUAUCAUUAUUUACUUUAUUUUCCCAUUUUGGUCUCUAUAGUUGUUCAUCAUUAUUUGAUUUAAACAUGAAACUAAUGUGGUCCUUUUGUUUUAUUCUGGUUUUGUGCAAAACCAUAAUUUUACUGUUAAUCUUCCUGGUAAGAUAUUGCUUUUGUCUUUGUAGCAUAUAGAAUGAAAUAAAUGAUUUUCCUCAA